AUUUUUUAUAUGAAUAUUUGCAACCCAAAAUAAAAAAAAAAUAAAAAAAAGAAAGAUAAAACAUGUUAUUGUUUGAUAAAAUGUGAAUUUUGUUUUCUAGUCUUUGUUUCUAUCUGGAGUUUCCUCCACUGUUAACUGAUGGGUUCCUUGAUCUCCGUUCACCGAGACAUUGGUUUUAUCAGCUCCGUAUUUUACCCCCUUUCAAUACUGUUUUCAUUCUUUUGCGUUCUUCUUCUUCCUCGUCCAAUAAAAUAUUCUCAGGAGAUCUCUGAAAUUGCAAUUUUAGUGGGUUUUGAGAUGCGUCGGAAUCGACAAACUCAAAUGGGUUCUUUUGUUUUUCUUUGACCAAUUUCUGUUUUCUACCUAUAAGGAAUUUUUGCUGCUGCAAGUUUUCCAAAUGCAGGGCUGAUUCUGACUUGAUUAAGCUCUAGAAUAAGAAAAAAAAAAAUGGAGGGUGACACAUUCUCUGGUCUUGGCAAUGGUACCCAAAUUGAUAGCAAGAUCUUGCAGACAUUUCAGAAAAGCUUUGUUCAAGUCCAGAAUAUCUUGGAUCAGAACAGGGUACUUAUCAACGAGAUAAACCAGAAUCAUGAAUCUAAGGUCCCUGACAACCUCAGCAGGAAUGUUGGCCUUAUUAGGGAGCUAAACAACAACAUCAGAAGAGUGGUUGAUCUUUAUGCUGAUCUUUCAAGUUCCUUUACCAAAUCCAUGGAAGUUUCUUCCGAGGGGGAUUCCAGCGGCGCUGUGAAAUCAGACGGGAAAGCCGGCCACAAGCGACACAGGCCUGCUUAGGGUGUUUGUUUUCUUUUUUUCUUUUCUUUAUUUUUCUCCCUUAUCUUUCUUUUCUUUUUUUCUUUUUUUCUUUUUGUUUGGUGGAGAAGCACGACAUCACAAUUGUGCUGAGGGGUAGGACAAGAUUAGGUUCUGUAGCUGAAGCUCUCUUGUAUUACCAAACUCUCUCUAGCUCAUAGUUAUUGCUUACAUUUCAAAUAAAUAAAAAAAAUUAUUUUCCAGAAUU